AUGUGCAUUUUAAUUAUUUUACAAAUUAUCUUCAUUAAGAAACUAGAUAAUUAUAACAACCUAUAGUUAUACUUUUCCAUCUGUAAAUAUGAAUUUUUCAAACAAUCCUUACCUAAAAACUUAAACAUAUAGAGGACUAGGAUAUUAAAUAAUGGCAUAAUAUUAAUAUAAAACUUUAUUUCUAUUUCAAUAAAAUUAUACAAAGGCUUUUAGCAAAAAGAAUUCAAUUUCAAUUUAGAUGUAAUGCAAUUAAGUAUGAUGCAAUUUAAAUUGUCUUAUGGAAGUAUUUUGUAAUCCGAAAAAAACUUUUUAACAAUAUAAAUUUUAGGUUUCUAACUAUUAAAUUGUCUUGAUGAAAGUAAACCAUAAGUUAGUUGUUAUCCAACUUGUAAUGAAUGUGAUGGUCCAAGAAGAAAUGAUUGUUUAUCUUGUUUUGAAUAAUCACACAGAAGAUCUUUAGAAGAUUUUAAGGAAUGUAUUUGUGAAUAUGGAACCAUAGAUUAAAAUGAUUAAUGUAUUAUUUAUUAAACUUUAUUAUUUACAUUAAUUUAAGAGGAACCUAAAUAAGAAAAAUGCAAAUAUGGUUUUUUUGAAUAUGAAGAUGACUGUAUUUAAUGGUAUUAUUUAUUAUAUAUAAUUAAGCCCUUCAAUAAUUAAUAAUAAUUUAAUAACAUGUUUGGAAUGCUUAUAAAAUCCAAAAUAAUGAGCUUAAACUUUUUUAUGCGAUACAAAUUUAUUUACAAAUCAAAAUGGAAAUAUAGCAGAAUAUAAUAAUGUUGAAUAAAUAUUAGAAUGAAAAACUUUCUGCGAAAUCUCUCAAGUAAUAAAUAAUGAAUGCUAUGUUUGUGGAGAUGGAUGCGAUGAAUGUUAAAUUUUAUUAACAAAUUUAAAUUGCAUUAAAAUAUAUCCUAGUUCAUUUAGAUCUAAUUUCCAAAAAGAAAAAACAUGUGACCCUCUAAAUUUUAAAGAUUUUUCAAGUAAAUGUUUUGAGUAUAAGAUACCAUAUUGUUUAUAUUGUUUCAAUUAUUUAGCUAGUGAUCCUACAAAACUACCCUUGGUUUUUAACAAAAUUUUACAUAGGUUGA